GAGCUUUAAGGUCCCUUCCAACCCAAACCACUCUGGUUCUAUGGCUCUGACCCACCACAGCAGCGCUGACCUCUGGAGCUGCCUGUCCCCAGCCAGGCUUAACCCGAACCUCCCGCUUGUGCCAGCAGGGACGUGUUUGCCUUAUGCCUUCCCACCAGUGUCUCCAUCCCCAUCCCCGCCAGUGGAGCCAUCAAGCCGAGCUCGCUGUGUGUGACCCCACCAGCACCCACAGACCCCCGGGAAGAUGCCAGGGCUGAUUAACCGGGCCACCCGCUGCCCGCUGCCCCUCACCGCGUCCGAGGUGACCUCCUGUGUCAGCGGCUAUGCCUUCGGGAUGACAGCCUUGCUCACCUACCGCAACCCAGAACCACAGGCCUUGGAAGGUCUCUUUGUCUUCCCCUUGGAUGAGUGCACCACCGUUGUUGGCUUCGAGGCGGCCGUGUCCCGGCGUGCCGUGACCGUGCAGAUCAAAGACAAAGCCAAGAUAGAUGACACGUACUUCGGGAGCUGCAGCUUCCCUGAUGGAAGAGCUCGCGAUGGAAGUGGAAGGAUCCUGAUGGACGAGGACAUGGAGAGGAUUGCGUUUGUGGCUAACCUGGGCACGGUGCCUCCCCUGGAAAGCGUCUCCAUCUUCAUCAGCACCUCCUCCGAGCUGCAGACACUGCCCAGUGGGGCCGUGAGGGUCCUUCUGCCGGCUGUGUGUGUGCCCAGGGUCCCCCAGCCCAGCCUGGGCAAUGCCAGCAGCAUUCCCAGCCUCCAGCUCCGCACGGACAAGCACUACUGUGGACCGGGGAGCCCGGAGCCAGGGAGCAGGUUCUGCCUGGCUCAGCUGCUGGACGCUGAGGCCACCAACCCCUUCGAGUACGAGUUCAGCUUCCACCUCGAGAUCCGCGGGCCGUGCUUGCUGGCAGGUGUUGAGAGCCCCACACACGAGAUCCGAGCAGACGCCGACCCCUGCGCUCGCUCCGCCAAGAGCAUCGUGAUCACUCUGGCCAAUAAACACACCUUCGACAGGCCCGUGGAGAUCCUGAUCCACCCCAGCGAGCCCCACAUGCCUCACAUCUUAAUGGAAGAAGGUGACAUGACACCUGCAGAGUAUGAACGACACCUGAAGGGGAAGAACGAUUUCAUUAAAGGCACUAAGAAAGACCCCAGUGCUGAGAAAAAGAUGGAAAUCAUCAGGAAGCGGCUGAACAAGGACAUCCCCCAUCACCCUGUCAUCAUGCUCAGCUUCUGCCCCGACCUGGCGACCGUCCAGCCAGGCCUCCGGAAAGCCCAAGGAGAGUUUAUCUUCCUCAUAGACCGCAGCAGAAGCAUGAGCGGUGUGAACAUCAACUGUGUGAAGGAUGCCCUGUUGGUCAUUCUCAAGAGCCUGAUGCCAGCGUGUCUCUUCAACGUCAUUGGGUUUGGAUCCACCUUCAAGACCCUCUUUCCUGCCAGUCAGACUUACUGUGAGGAGAGCCUGGCCAUCGCCUGCGAGAGCAUCAAGAGGAUCCGGGCUGAUAUGGGUAGCACCAACAUCUUAUCCCCUUUGAAGUGGGUCAUUCGACAGCCCAUCCACAGGGGCCAUCCCCGCCUGCUCUUCCUGCUGACGAAUGGGGCCAUCAGCAACACAGGGAAGGUCCUGGAGCUGCUGCGAAACCACUCCUGCUCCACCAGGUGCUACAGCUUCGGCAUGGGGCCCAGCGCCUGCAGGAGGCUGGUUCGGGGGCUGGCUGCCGUGUCCAGGGGCAGCGCCGAGUUCCUGGCGGAGGGUGAGAGGCUGCAGCCGAAGAUGAUCAAGUCGCUGAAGAAGGCGAUGGCACCGGUCCUGAGUGACGUGUCUGUGGAGUGGGUCUUCCCCGAGAGCACCGAGGUCUUGGUUUCCCCCAUCAGCACCAGUUGCCUCUUCCCUGGUGACCGCCUGGUUGGUUACGGCAUCGUCUGCGACACCUCCUCGUACAUCUCCAACCCCAGAUCCGACAAGAGGCGACGGUACAGCAUGAUGCGCUCCCAGGAGUCGGGCAGCUCUGUUUUCUUCCACUCGCAGGAGGAGGGAGCAGGAAUGGAGAGCUGGAACCACUCCAGAGACCCGGAGGGCUGCUGCCCCGAUCGCCUGGUGGUGGGCAGAGAGCCCGGGGGAGAAUCGGACACGGACACCGGAAUGGAUGUGAAGGCUUCCUCCAGGAGGCGGGCAUACAGCACCCCCCAUGCCGCUGACCACGAGCCCUGCAGGAAGGUGCCCACAGCGAGUGAUCCCGACACUGCCCUGGGGAGGAACCCCCUGCGGAAAACCCACCUGCAGGACCUGCAGCAGGUCAGCCCCGAGCCCUGGCAGGGGGAUCUCCAGCCCUUCACAGCCAACCCCACGAGGAUGCUGGGUGCCCGGCGUCCAUCCCUGCUGCACCGGGGCUGCAUGUCCUUCUGCCACGACGCCGAGGCCCCGCCAGUGCUGGAUGGGCUGCAGCAAGCGGCAAGGGGCUUGGGACCACUCGAUGCCAGCAGGAGGCUGCGGUCCUCAUCAGACAGCCGGAGCCCCGGGGACCUGGAGUCUGCCCAGCAUCCUUCCUUCACGUUUGAAACGGAGACCUCCUCUGACUGGGAGCCCCAGGACUUGGACUUCAGCGCUGGCUGCGGCUCCCCACGUUCCCCCAGGACCCUCUGCAAGGCGGUGGUGAAAGGGCUAAGGAUGAACGAGCCCGUGCAGUGGGAGGUCACCUUUGAUAUCUGCCCUCUCUUCCGAGAGCGGGAGAGCCGAGAGGACGGUGACACGGACCCAUGGAGUGAGACCUUCCACCACCUGGCGGCCAAGUCGGUCACCCGGGACUUUGAGCAUCUUGCUGAGAGGGAGUGUGAAAUCGAGCAUGGGUCCGGGCGCCGGUACCAGGUCAACGCUGUCCACACCAGCAAAGCCUGCAACGUCAUCAGCAAGUACACAGCGUUCGUGCCGGUGGACCUGAGCACCAACACCUACCUGCCAACCAUCGUCGAGUACACACACACGGGGGCAGCAUCCAAGCAAGGCAGCCAGCGGAGCCUGAGGUCGGGAAACAGGAGGCAUCGUGGCUUUUCCCCUGGACGUCCCCACUCAGCUUGUGGCCAGAACGGAGAUGAUGGAUUUUACAGCAUGAGUGCGGAGGAGAGCAGCCUGUCACCCUGCAGCACCCCUUCCUUGUCUGCCUGGGAGCGCUGUGGGCUCCCUGAAGGGCCGCUACAGAGCCUGUCUGCUUCCUCUGCACAAGCCCAAAGAUCCAUCGAGAGCCUCUUUGCUGCUAGGCUCACCCUCAACAAAACCAGGCUGCUGAUGCGAGCUGCCAAGGGGUUCAUGAGUAAGUCUCCAAGCAGAGCGAGUGAAGGCAGCUCCGAGGGCGACAAUGAGAACAUAGACUACCUUCCCCUGGUGUCCCUGCAGCUGGCCUGUGGUGCCUUCCUCAUGAACACAGCCUUCUGUGAUGCCGUCAACAUCCCCAUGGAGAAGCUGAAGCGGACAUCUCCCUUCGCCUGCCACCGCCUGGCCCUCAGCCCCUCCAGCUCCUACAGCACCAAAGCCAGUCCCUCCACGGAGCACAAAAGACUCAGCUCCAACCAGCAGCUCCUGGUUCCCAAUGGGCACGGGAAGAGCCCCACCACCACAGACACCGCUUUGGGUGCGGAGGAUGCCGGGCGCCUCCGCCACUCCUCGGGCAGCGCGGUGGAAAGCAUCUCCAGAGCCCUGAGAGCCGAGAAGGAAUUGUCCCCCCCAGCCAUCACCAUCCGCCGCUUCUCCUCCCCAGAGAGCACGGCAGGCUCAGCGGGGUGGCAGGGCAGCAGCAGCCGGGGCUCGGGCACAGACAGCAGUGAGGUCCAAGCACUGCUCUUUGACAUGGAGCUGCAGCAGCAGACAGAGCCGGAGGGGAUGCUGUGGGCCACAGCGGUGGCCCUGGCCUGGCUGGAGAACAGCUCAGCUUCCUACUUCAUCGAGUGGGAGCUGGUGGCUGCCAAGGCCAGCCUGUGGCUGAGCCAGCAGGACUUCCCAGAGGGAUACAGCCUGGCCACGGUGAAAGCUGCAGCUCAGCAGCUCUUCGUGCUGCUCCGUCACUGGGAUGAGAAUCUGGAGUUCAACCUGCUGUGCUACAACCCGAGCAGCGUGUAAAGAGGGUGAGGAGAGGGGCUUGGGCAGCUCAGCCAGGAGGGUGCAGGAGCAGGGACCUCUCCUCAAGGAAACACCUCCAAGGAGCUCAGUUCAUCUGGUACGGGGACAGUGUGCGUUUAUUAGAGCCAGCCCUGCAGACAGCAGCAGCUCAGGCAAAAUCAGUGCUCAGCAGUUGGUAUUUUGCCCUGGGAAGGUACCCUCUGGCUGCCCGCGGUGGGUUGCUCUCUGUUUUUAAGUGGAGCAGCACCUCCAGCUACAGCAGCUCCCUCUGGUCCUGGCUUCAGCCCUGUUCCCAGAGCAGGUAUCCCCGGUGCCUGCUCAGCUUGCCCUGUCCUCACUUGGCUGCCUCUUCCCAGCCCCAAAUCACUGCCCAGCCCCGCUGCAGCCCCCCAGCCCUGAGCUGCUGCUCUGCUGGGGCUCCUGCCUGGCUCCUGCCAUCUCGGGUGGCUUUUGGUGAAGGUGAACCUCUGGCAACGUUCUCGUCUCGUGGACCAAAGGGAAUCCGAGCUGGGACUGACCAUCUGAAGAGCAGCCCCACUGUCCUGGCUGGGAGGAUGCUGCCUUGAGUCCAGCAAUGAGCCCGUCACAUCCACACGGUGCUGGCCCAGAGGGACUCUGUGAGACCCCUUGCAGCCAACAGCAUGCCUUAGGAGCUUCAGACGGGCCCUGAUUGAAGGAGGGGACCCAGCCCCUUGCGCUUGAUGCCAAAUCAAGAUCUCCUGCAUUCAAAUAAUGGAGGGAUUUUAUUCCCUGCCAAGGCUCUUCUUCACAUGAGCCUCCCAGGCACUGAUCUGUUGGUUCUGAACCUGCUGUUGAAUCCAGCAGCUCAAACGGUUGCUCUAUCAAGGAUAGAUAGCCUCAACCUGAGCUUGUGCCAUAGCCCCUGCAGCAUCUAUCCCGAGAGCCGCGGCCAGACCUGCCCUUGCCUCAACUCUCUUGAAGGGAAAAGAGGGGAAGAGCCCUCCCAGGCCACAUGGAGCCAUCGCUUUCCUCAUCUCUGCUUCUGGCAUUCGUGCUGCUGAAAGCCAAGAGGUGGCUGGAUGCAAAUUGCAUCCCAGAAAUCCCACAAAUUCCACAGAAGAGGUGGCUGGACACACACUGCAGCUUUGUUAUCCACUGUCAUUGACAGCAGACUGAGGGCAUCCAGAAGCUGAUGGAAAGAGGAGGAGGAGGCAGGGAGGAGAAGCUGAGGGUGGGCAGUUUUCCACCAGAAGCUCACUUGUUAUUAGGAGUCAGUGGUGUUCCCAGGGGGAAACAGAGGCUCCAGGUUUUGGGGUAUCUUCAGUUUUCUGCUGGGAAAGGCCCCAGUUCUGGUUGGCUUGGUCUGGUUUUGUCUGGGGGCUUAGAAAACUCAAAGGAAAUGCAGUCAAUGCACAGGCACAAGGGUUUGGGGCCCACUACUGAGGGGAGACAGGUAAGAAGGGGAGUGUAAGAGCUGAAAACCAGCUGCAGAGAGUUGGGAAACUGAGGAACUGGGGGGCUAUGGGAAAGGCUGUCUCCUCCUUAAAGAAACCUUCCCAUGGAGGAAAGCAUCCCCCCGUUCCCUAGCAAAGCACCGUGAGCAGGAGCUUUGCGCCAAAUCUGUGUUAUUUCUGAGCAGAGCUGGUGGAGAUCAGCAGGAUUUGAGCUCUCGAGCAAAGCCUACCUCUUGUUUUCUGUCUUUCCUCAGCUCCCUGCCCACCACCACCCGCUCUGGCCCCUGUGGCUGUACCAGAGCAGGGUUAAUUCCCAGGGCAUGAGCAUCUUGGCCCUCCUGCAGUUACUAUUGAGCUGGUUUCUGACCCCUUGCUUCUCCCAAAACACUCAGAAGCUGCCCAGUGCUCUGUUAAUCUGGAGCCAUUGGGACAACGAGUGUCAGCCCCACUCUGGACUCACCAGAUCCCUUGUUCUGGAUUUAGGAGCAAGCACGUGGCAUUGGCGCAGCCCUUCCUCCAUCCCCUUGUCUUUCAGGGAAGGAAAAGGAGAUGAAAUGGGUGAGCCCCUUUUGGAGCCUGAUGCUGCUCUCACUGAGCUCUUGCUUCUCUAGCCCCAAGCUGUGCUGUACACGCUGUCUCUGCCCAGUGCUGGGGCUGGCUCAGCAUCGGAAGAUGCUCCAGGAUGGUCCAUGCUGGGACAUGAAGGGGGUGAGUCUCCUUAAACCUGCUGCCUGGGACACAAGGAGCUGGUGCCCUCACUCCCGUGCUUCCCAAUUCUCUCCCUGUGCCAACUGGAGCUCACUGCUCAGCCCCAGCAGCAUUGCACCCUGCCUGGUCAUCCCAGGACGGGCUCUCCUGCAGGAUCCAUCCAGUGGCAGCUCCACGGAUCAAGUGCCUACGGAGGGAAUCGCACGCCGUGGCUGCAAUGCCCAUGGAGCCCAUCAGAAACCUAUUGCCUUUUGCUCCCUCCCUUGGCAUGUAGCAGCCUCGUGGUGUUUCAGCAGGUUUAUGUUUCGUGUCUGUCUGUCUGUGGAGGGUAAGUGGUACCCGGGUCUGUGAGCAUCCCUCCGGUCCCUGCUCUCGGGGUCCCCUCUCCGAGGUCGUGUUCUCUGUUGCAGAAGUGGUGUUGUCCCAGUAAAUCACAGCCUGCUUCACUGCC